AUGCGGGGCCCGCUGUGCAACCAGUUCGCUCGGGACCCGAAGGGUGGGAAAGACCCGAACUACACGGGGGCCAACAAGCAGAAGGAGAACUUCAGAAAACAAUGGGCCCGCGAGAAGUUCGCCGAGAUCAUCAACAUCAAUGAGAAGGGGGAGAGCCUCACCUACGUGGACAAGAGCAAGGGCACGAUGACGAGCAUCAAGGACUUGCUGAAGAAGGAGGGCCCAGAGGACACCGCCAAGUACGUGGCCAAGUGUGCUGCCUUGGGGGGGGGGCCUUGGGUCGAGUGGGACGACAUGUGGGAACAGUGGAAUGUGAUGGUGACGGAGAAGAGCCACUCUGAGAUCUUCGCGAGGGCAUGGAGGUUGAGGCAGCAGAUGCUGUCAAGAGAAGGCGGUUCAGCGGAUCAGCCCGACAGGGGCACUCCCGCUGUCGGCGCAGUGGUUGCUGCUACCGCUGCAGCUGCUGCGGGAGGCCUGCCAGAGCCCAAGGCAAAGGCAAAGGCGAAGGCCAAGGCAAAGGCUGCGACGAAGAGGGCGGCAGAGGUGUGCGACCAGCCGAGCGUGAGCAAGAAGCAGAGCACCCCGAUGGCCCUCGCCAACAAGACCAAGGCCAACUACAAGGCAGCUGUAUCAGGGGCGCAGACACUGCAGGCCGUGAUCACAUCGACUGUUGAAUGGGGCUGGGCGAACAACGAUGUUGCCCAGAACGACCUGGCUAAUGCAAUCACGGCGCUUCAGAAGGCAGUAGCGGGCGACACCUUCACGAAGACGUUCUUGACCAUGAGCGUCGGCGAGCUGAAGAAGAACUACAACGAUGACCAGAUCACGACUCAGCGUGGCUCAAUGUCUCAGAUGCUCGACACGCUGGUGAAGAAGGUUCAUGUGGAGACGCAGUCGCUGGUGAACAUGCACGCUGCGCGCAUGAAGGAGAAGCCCCUGCUCUGCGCCUUCGUCCGCUGCCUGCCGGCGGCGCUGCAGCAGCCAGUCCUGCGGGCCGCGCUCGCGCGCGCGUGGCGCUUCUCCCACCGCGAGUGUGAACUCACGACCCUCGGCAAGUGCUUCGAGUCCUCUGGCCUGCCGGCACCCAGCACCGUCGAUCUGCUGAAGGUCGACGUCGAGGGGCUGGAGCUCCACGUGCUGGAGGCGAUCGAGCCGGAGUGGUGGCCCAAGGUGCAGUCCGUGGCCGUCGAGGUGCACGACCUCGACGGGCGGCUCGCGCGGGUCCGCGCGCUCCUGUCUUCGCUGGGCUUCGAGGUGGAGACCAAGUCGGACGACGUCUACAACGACCAGAUCGGAAUGAACCACCACUUCGUCCAUGCCAAGCGCAGCAGUUCUUCGAUAGGCAGGGGCGUUUCCGAGGCCGAGCCGCCGCUUGGCGCGCUGAAGGACCAGUGCGACUCGAAGGAGGCGCUCACGUUUUACAACGAGGUCAUGGGUGGAGGAGGGGGCAACAUCCACUAUGGCAUCUUCCGCAGCGAGGAGGAUGGAGUACGUGAGGCUGCGGACGCUUCGGUCGAUCUCCUCGCUGCUUCCAUCCGCCCGCCUGCGGCAAAGUCCACCACCGUGCCGCCGAGGAAUUGCGCAUCCGUGCUGGGCUUCAACCUCUGUCCUGGGCAGAACGCUACGGCGAAUGAGCUGGCCCGCGAGCUCGGCGUUGGCGAGCGUUUCGGCACCGUGGAGGGCAACUUUGACGAGGACCUCCCUCCGAGCUUGCGCGGAGAGACGUUCGACGCGAUUUGGAGCCAGGAGGCUUUCUGCCAUUCGAAAGACAAGGCGGCGCUGAUUGCCAGGCUUGCGGACCGCCUCGCGCCCGGCGGCGUGCUCGGUUUCACCGACAUCAUGGCCGGCGAGGACGCCACGGCCGAGCAGCUCCGCACCUUCACGGACCGCAACGCCACUUCCGAGAUGGCCCGCUGCUCGGACUACAUUGGCUACCUCCGUGCAGCUGGCCUGGAGCUGGCCACCGUGAGCGACAUGACCCGCCACCUGCCGCGCUUCUUCUCGCUCAUGGCGGCCCGCAUCGACGCGUCGCGCGCCGGCCUCGCCGCAGCGGGCGUCUCCGACGAGUACAUGACGAACUUCCGGGACAGCCUCCGCGCCAGGGUGGACUUCUCCCGGGCCGGCGCGUUCGCCUGGGCCUUCGUCGUCGCGCGCAAGCCGGGCGCGCCGCCGGAGGCCCGCUCGGGCCUCACGGGCACGCUGGCCGGCGGCGGGCAGGGCAUUGCCACCUUCGCGAUCUCGGGGCGUGCGAGCCGCCAGGCGGCGCGGGCGCCCCACUCCCGGGGCCUCGCCACCGUGGGCGCGGCGCCCGCCUCGGCGGCCGCGCCGGGCCCAGACGUCCACGUGGUGGGCGCGGGUGCGGUGGGCACGUUCCUGGCGAGCAGGGCCGCGCGGGCCGGCCUCCGCGUGGACCUGCAGCCCUCCGCGAGGGGGUGCACGGACGUCGUCCGCUCCAUCUGCGCGCGCGACGGCGUGCGGCUCGUCAGCGCGCUGCCCCCGCUCGGCGCGGGCACCCUCACGUUCGUCGCCACCAAGACGUACGACCAUCGCGAGGUGCUCGGAGGCGAGCUGGCGACGCGCCACGCGUGCGUGAUCCACAACGGCAUGGCGCGGCUCACCCCGCCGCACUACAGCGCGGUGGCGUUCGGCGGCUGGAACUUCGAGCCCCCCGACGGCCUCGUCGCCCGCAACCUGGACCAGUGGGCCCUGCACCCGGCGCUGGCGGAGCACGCGGCACUGCUCGAGAGGGUAGGCAUCUCCGCCACGUGCGACGACGCCGUCUUCGCCCGGCGCUUCCUCACCAAGCUUCUCGUCAACAUCGCGGGCUCGCUGCUCGGCGUGCUCCACGGUUCGACCUGUGCGCAGCUCGUGGACAAGUACUCGGACGAGGUGGACCGGCUCCUGAACGAGUCCAUGGAUGUGUUGCGUCAUGACCCUGCCCUCUCCUUCGCCUGGGACCGGGUGCCGUGCACAAGCGCGCUGAAGAGCGAGGUCGUCGAGUCUCUCCGCGGGUAUGGCGACCAUAAGCCGUCAGCUGUCGCCGACUUCGUCUCGGGCAAGCAGCUCGAGAUCGAAGCGCUCAAUGGGUACGUUGUCGACUGUGGUCGGGAGCUACGCCUGGAUACCCCCUUCAAUCGUACUCUUCUGGACAAGUUGCAAGCCAUGUCUAUCUGAAUGGUUCAGGGGCUCUCACUUUGUGCAUAGAAGGGGCUAUCGACAUGAGUUGUUUUUUUUGGUUGCAGCGGCCUGCUGUUCGAAACGGCGUCGCUUAAUACUUGACAUGCUUGCUUUCGGAGCCGAGCUCUGCUGCGCCACUUCCCUGCCAAUCGCGGUGAGGCGCAUAGCUGCAUGCAGAUCGAUUUCUCACACCUGUCGAUGCCUCAAGCGUAGCGUUAACGCGCACCGAUUCUCCAAGAUACAACGGGGUCGCCGGAUCGUCGUGAAUUCGGUUCUGAAGACCUUUGGCCGAGAUGCUUAUUUGAAAAUUGCAAACCUGCCACAUCGGUACCAGUGGCGCCAGGACUGCAGUACCCAUCAAGUUUUUGUCUCUCGGCAAAUUGGUAGGACUGCAGUACCUAUCAAGUGUCUUGUCUCUCUCUCUCCCCCUCUCUCUCGGCAUCUUGGUACGGCCACUUCUUGUACCUCAUCGGAUGUAUCUGGGCUCCACACAGUACUCCUCAGCAUUGUCGUGUGUGCGCACGAGAAGUGGACGUUUCAUGCUUCUGGACAGUGUCGUCUGGGUUUAGGCUACCAGGCGCUACUGUCACAGGGCGGACCCUGCAAGCUGCAGGGCAUCUCUUUAUGUCCACUGAAUUGACCAUGAUUCGUUCAAUGGAAGUCUUUCAGACUUGCAAAUACGGCGGCGUCUCGUAAAUACAGAUUCGGUAACGUUUCUUGAAUGCCUGAUUGCCCGAAGUCUCAGAUCAAAGACCCAGUCGCGAACUAGCGCAAACCACAUCAUCGUCGUCGUCAUGUUCGUCUCCUGCGUCACCGCCGCCAUCACCCUGGU